CGGAAUCCACCUUCUCCACAAAUGCGACAGUAGUGAGCAACGACAAUGAAGUUCUCGAAGAGUCGAACUGUCUCAUUAUGAGAAUGUGAAACCCAAGGGAAUGACAUAUUUGUUGCAAAGAAAGAAGGAAUGCACAGCCAUAGCACCGUCAAGCUUGUCAAAACAAAACAGUUGACAUAACAGCGGCCGAGGGAACUCAAAUAAAGGAAGGUGAUUUAGCUCAUUAACUCAGUAGAGUGCAGUUUUUCCUCUCUUCUUGAGACGGAAAUUUUCUGAAAUCUGCAGCUCUGGGCUCACUUUACCUCCUCCUCUGUCUCCAGAAGGUGCAUUGCCUGGACGGAGGCAAGCAGUUGCGAAGAAAUCCGUGGAGCGAUGUCGCAGCUGUUAGCCGUAGAUUGCUCUGCGGAACACAUUGCAAGCAUUGCCCCCGAGAAUGUCUAGCGGCUGAAGCUGUAGUGAAUUAUCGUGGCAUUUGGUGAGGAUGGCCGAUUUCUCUACAUCCACGCACUGUCAUCAUUGGAUUUUGCAGCGUUCAACUCUGGUUGACAAGUUAUUUACUACCAAUCAAAGGGCACAAGAAGCUCUAAUCAAGUAUGGUGCCACCCGAGUUGACGUUCAGCCGGACGGAUCUUUGGCUUAUCCGGAGAACCUUGAAGUGGAGGCUGCAAAUGGAAAGAGAGGCCCGACUCCUGAACACCUGACUGUGGAGGACGAAUUGAUGAUACGCAAAUUCUAUGAGCAGAAAAUUCAACAAGUGUGUCAAGCAUUUUCUUUCCCCAACAAAAUUCAGGCCACAGCAAUUUUGUACUUCAAGCGCUUUUAUUUGAAUUGGUCUGUUAUGGAGCAUGAUCCAAAACAUAUUAUGCUUACGUGCAUUUACCUUUCAUGUAAAGUUGAAGAGUUUCACGUAUCGGCGGAGGAGCUAGGCAAGGGUAUCCAGCAAGAUCCGCAAGUGGUCUUGAAAAAUGAAAUGACGGUUCUACAAUGUCUGAACUUCGAACUUAUCGUUUACGCGCCGUACAGAUCCUUGGAUGGUUACAUUUUUGAUCUGGAGAAUUCUGUUCAAAUGAUGGGUGCGGUAGCGGUGAAAAAUGUCCAGGAACUUCGGGAGUCUGCGAUCUUUGAGAUUGAUGCUAUGAUGUUAACGGACGCUCCACUUUUAUUUCCUCCUGGGCAGCUAGCUAUGGCCGCAUUACGAAGGGCAAAUCGAGAUGACAAGAAAGUGGACCUUGAAAGAUAUAUGAAAGGUAUAGUAGAUCGUCUAGCGACCAAACAUACGUUGUCAGAACUGGACACUGCGAUGGACGCUAUCGAUGUGGCGGUGGGGGAGUCUAUUCACGUUGUUGAAGCAGAUGUGAGACGUAUAGAUCGCAAGUUGAAGAUAUGUAGGAAUCCCGGUCUUCAAGAUGAAACCAAGAAACGAGAAAGAAAAGGAAAACAAAAGCAGAAGAGGCCCUUACAAGAAGGGGCACCACCUAUGGACCCCAACCCCAUGGACACGACUAAUCACGGAGUGAAAAGAAGACAUAGUGAACCGGAAGGAAUUUUUUAGGCUGGAAAAGGAAUCAUGUAAUGCUUGUUGAAGAAUGGAGUAAAUCUCACAGCCAACAAAGGUGCAAACCUUUUGUUGGGAAAUCUUGUCGUCUUACAGUAAUACAUGUAAAUAGUCAAUAUUCUGUCAUGUAGUGUACUCACGCAUGCAGGAGGCGCUUUAACCCUGUGAUGGUCUACUACCACAGCAACUACACGUCUAUCUACAUAUUUGUAGGUCAUAAAUCGCACCUGGCAACGGGUCAGAUUGGCCGAUAUGAUUGCUGUUCAUCCAUCACGAGAACGAUAGGACCCAUCUUUGAAGAAGCCUUUUGGUAGUCAACCCAGUUUUGUAGGAUCUAGUCGAGGAAUAUUUUACCAGUAAUGUAGAUUAGCUUCUUCCUGUUAUUUAGCAUUUUAUUGCUUGGCCAGGUGGCUGACAAUUUGGACACUCUAGCUGCAGAGCAAAGCGUAGAGCUUCAUUGUUCGAGAAGUCCAUCAGUGGUACAACCCUGUACCGCAAUUUUCCAUGCUGCGUGAUUCUCAUCUGUACUGGAGUAAUCUCUCAUUUUCACAAGUCGUUGUGAAUAAAGUUGUGAAUAAACUAUAGCCCAAACAAUAUUUCU